AUGGCUUUGCUCCUGGGCUCUUCUUUGGGAACGCUCAUCGCACCUCCUUCUCUUCAUCGCUCUGACGUCUCGGGGGGACUCUAUAUCCGGGCGGAACCAGUGCUUGAUCUCACUGCCCCUCUUCCGGUCGAGAUAACGGCUGGGCACGUUGAUCCGCUCAAAGGUAACUUUGUUGCCAAGGUUAAAUUUGAGAGGGUGCCUCACUUUUGUUUCCUUUGUGGUGUGAUUGGCCACAUAGGGGAAAGGUGUCCGCAGAAGGAGGAGUUUGCAGGGAAGCCACCUAGGUAUGGGUUUUUCUCGGUGGAGACUGAAUCGGGUCCCCCUAUCUCGGAAGCUACUCUGUCGAAUCGGCGUCGGCGAUUCACUUGGAUACGUGCAGCCGCGAAGCGCCCCGCAAAGCCUAGAUCUGGUGGCAGCUUUAAGGAACCCGCUCCUUGCCUGGAUCCUACCCGGCUGCUGACUGCCCAGGAAGCUGGUGCCGGCAAUGUGUGGCAGGACACUCGGAGACCUCGGUCGACGGCCAUGGGAGAUAGGCUCCAAGGGCUUUCGCUUCAUUCGGCCAUGGAGGAUGAAAGUGAUCCGGCUUCAAUGUCUCCAACUGCUAAGCGUUCCCGAUCCAGCCAGGUGGUGGCGACGAACUCUGAAGACAAUGGUAAGGUGGCGGUUUCCAGCCUCAACUGGGCCCAGCUUGAUCCAUGA